AUGGAAACUGUUGACAUUCUCAACGACCAGCUAGUCACAAUGGAACCAAUGAUCCUUAUGGAACACCGACACAACCUGUCAGCUAGGGAGUGCUCUAAUAAAGGCAUAGUAAGUAUUAAGGUGGGGUGCGGUAUUUUUAUAUUAUUUUUUUUAAUGAAACAAAAGAAAAAAGUUAAGCUUACAGUAGUUUUGCGUUAUAAUUACAGCAAGGCAGGGUAGAAUGAGGUAGGGUGAUCACACAAUUUUAGUCAAGGCAGGAUAAUGACUAGGGCUGGCGUUAGGAUUGAAAGAAGGUUUAGAUAUUUUGAUAAGGUAGGGUAUGGUAAGGUAGGUAGGGUAGGGUAGGGUAGGGUAGAGUAGGGUAGGGUAAGGUAGGGUAGAGUAGGGUAGGGUAGGGUAGGGUAGGGUAGGGUAGGGUAGGGUAGGAUAGGGUAGGGUAGGGUAGGGUAGGGUAGGGUAGGGUAGGGUAGGGUAGGGUAGGGUAGGGUAGGGUAGGGUAGGGUAGGGUAGGGUAGGGUAGGGUAGGGUAGGGUAGGGUAGGGUAGGGUAGGGUAGGGUAGGGUAAGGCAAACAUGGGAAACGGAAUAUUAAGCCCGGCCCGAUUUAAGUUUAGCUCGGGUCAGGCCCGAAUUUUUUUUGUGGUGCUUUUUGGGCUAUCGGGAUUCCCACUGCUUGGGCCGACCUAAAUUUUACUUAGGGACGGUCUUUUUCUCAUAUCUAUUCAAGGGUCGGCAUAUUUUUUAUAAUUCAAAAAAAAUUUUUAAAAUUAGCAUAAUUUAUAGAAAUUUUAUUAAAAGUGCAAAAAUAGCAAAAAACUGUGACCCUAAAAGACUGAAAGACUGAAGGAACGUUCGGAAUAAAAAUGAACGUUAAAUUUUAUGUUACAUUUGCUUUUUCAUAGGUUUGACACGUCCAUUUUCAUUUUGCUUUUUGCAUAUCAAAUUGAAAGGCCAAAGGUUAAAAACUGUCAAUUUUUAUAUUUUUUUUGUUGGCAGCUUGAGCAUAGCUCAACUGCUUAUAUUGUAGUAGUUUUACCUUACAUUUUAAAAAUUAUUUUAAUUCUUCUUACCUAAAUCUUAAAAAUAAGCAAAAUUUUUACUUUGAAUGGGACUACUGGUAACUGUAUUAUCUUUGUAGGUUCAAAUUCUUAAUUUGUAAUUUUGAGGGACAAGUUAUACGAUGAAACAUGCAAAAGACAAUACUUUAUAUUCGUUUUUUAUUGUAUAUUUUGCCACUUUUGAAAAGUUAAAAUUUUUUUUUGUUUUUUUUAAAUUGAUUUUUUAUUUUUUUCAAGUUUUUAAACAAAUUUUGAUAUUUUUUAUAAGGGGUACAUGUAUUGAUGAAAUUGAUCCAGACACAUUUAUCGUAUAACUUGACGUUUUUAAAAAAGAUACGGGCAAUAUAUGAUAAAAUAGGUUGAAAUAGGCGUAUUUUAUCUUGUAAAUUAACAAUAGCUCAAAAAUUUGCUUCCAGCGACAAGUUAUACGAUAAAAUGUAUACUAUGCUUUUGUUUCGUAUAACUUGUCUCUUUUACUGUAUCUUGCUAAACUUAAUAUGACCAGCCUAGAAAUUAUUUUUUGACAUAUAAUAACAUUAAAAAAAUUAUGAAAGUUUAAAAACUAAUAAUCAUAUCAUGUUUUAGGAAAUGCGGGCCCAACAAAUGAAUAUAUACCUCAUGGCCAUCUUCUACACUACAGUAUUUCUAGUAUCCUUUAUCGGCAAUGCCACAGUAGUCUACGUGAUGGUGAUAAGAGCCAAGACAACAAACGUGAUGAACUUGCUGAUAACAAAUCUAGCAGUAUCAGACUUUUUGGUAUGUAUAACAUCACUAUGGUUAACACCCUUGUAUUGGUACACUGGUCAGUGGAUGUGGGGUACUACUAUGUGCCAUUUCUUUCCUCUCUUCCAAGGAUUGAGUAUUUGUAACAGUUCGAUGACAUUAUUGGUGAUAGCUGUUGACAGGUACAUUGUGGUAUGCAAGAAUCAGGAUAGUUGGUAUAAGGCCUUCAAUUUGACUACUAAAGUAAGUUUUUUAUCAAAUUAAUAUGUAAAAUACGGUUUGUGUUAAAAUUUUUACAAAUUUUUCUUUUUUUUGAACUUAAAAUGUAAUUUUUCGCUAUAAAAACAGAUUGAAACAGAAUUCCAACUUUGGCGGGAUUUUGAAAAUUCAAACUUUAAGAUUCAAAAAAGUCUGAAAAACCCUUAAAAUAAUUAAUUCCAGUAAUUUGUGAUCUUAAAAUUUUUUUUACUUACAAAAAAAUGCUUAAAACAGAUCCCAAACAGUAUAAAUUUUGGCGGGAUUUUGAAAAUUCAGUUGUUUAAAUUUACUAAAUUUUUAUAAUUAUGAAGCAAAUGUCGUAUUUUACAAUAAUUCUUAAAACAAAAUUUUUCAGAACUGUAAACUAGUGAUAGUAUUCAUCUGGUCGAUAGCUAUAACACUGGUAAUGCCAUAUGCUUUGAAUAUGAAUUUACGGAAAUCGACCAAUGUCUGUGGUCAUUACAAGUGUAUAGAGAACUGGUCGACAAGUAAUACGAAGACUGUUUAUGGACUCAUUGUUACUAUGUUUCAGGUAAGAUUUUGUUAUUUUAAUUUUUUAUGGAGGUUUAAAGAGAAAGGGGUUUGCAGGCCGCGGAUGUGUAGGGCGCAAAGCGCAAGUUUCCUUUAGAGGUUUUUGGGUCUUUUUUUAUAAAAAACCUUUUAAAUUUUUAUAUUUAAAACAAUUUAAAAUAAAAAAGCGAAAUUUAGAGUUAGUGUUAAUAAUGUCAUUUUUCAAAAAUUAAUUUUUUUGUAAUAUUAAUUUUUCAGUUCGUAAUCCCAAUGAUAUUCAUUGGCUUCAGCUACCUAAAAAUCUUCAUGUUUUUGCAACGACAAUGUCAAGAAAGCAACAAUCGGUUGCGGGUUGUUAGCAACAAAAAGAACGCUUUGUUCCGAAUGUUAUUCGUCAUGGUUGUUGCUUUCGCCGUAUGUUGGCUGCCAGUCAAUAUAUUGUAAGUUUACUGCCUUGCCCUAACUUAUCCUAUCUUACUUUCUUUGCCUUGCAUUGCCUUGCAUUGCCUUGCCUUGCCUUGCCUUGCCUUGCCUUGCCUUGCCUUGCCUUGCCUUGCCUUGCCUUGCCUUGCCUUGCCUUGCCUUGCCUUGCCUUGCCUUGCCUUGCCUUGCCUUGCCUUGCCUUGCCUUGCCUUGCCUUGCCUUGCCUUGCCUUGCCUUGCCCUGCCUUGUCUUGCCUUGUCUUGCCCUAGCCUACCCUACUCAUCCCUACUCUGUCCUAUCUUAACCUACCUUAGCUCAUCCUGUCCUACCGUACCUCAUCUUACUCUACCUUACUCUACUGUAUACCUACUUACUAAAAAAAAUUACUGUACUCUUCUAACUCUUAUUUGUAAAGCAAAACCUUAAAUUUCAGAAACGUAAUGCGUGACAUUCGCCUGGACAGCCAACUACUAGGCCGUCAGUUUGGUAUCUGGUUCAUGCGAGCUCAUAUGUUAUCCAUGACUGGAGUGAUGGUCAACCCUCUGAUCUACGCCUUCAUGAAUCACAACUUCCGUGACGAAUUCUGUCGAGUUUUCCCUAUCAGAGUGUUCGUAUCGUUACCUAAAAGGAUCUGGCGUCAGCCGAAGAAAGAAGCCCAACUCUUCAACAGCGAUGCUAAUACGACCGGUCUUCUGAACAACAACAAGCCCAUGGAACGGUCGAGUACAAAGAAUCGUGCUCUGUUCAGCUACUAUGACGAUGACGAGCCGUUUGAUGACUUGGGUCGUGACGAUGGCUUCUGGACAGACGAGGAGGAAUCGCCGAAGAAAGCGGCCAAUGGGAUUCCAUUGAACACGUCGAGGAGGAAACGUUCACGGUACAGUGAGAGGACAAUGGAGGAACGGUACAGUGAGAAGACGAUGGAUGAACGGUAUAGUCAAAGGACGAUGGACUUGACAACAUCGACCAGUUGUUGUAGUAGCUGUCAUAAGAAUGAUGAACCGUAUGGUACGAAGAGUGGCUGUGAGACAAUGAGAAGUGAUGUGAUUGAUACUGAUAGGGACACCUUGGUUAGUGCUAUCAAGACUACUCCACCUACUUGGAAUGAGAAUGGAACUACUGUGAUCUUGGUUAGUUCAGGUGAGUUUUUGAUGAAAUACAAUGCCAAAAUGGCGGAAAGUUUUAAAAAAUUUUUUUAAAUUUUUGAAAUAUUUUGAUCUCAGACACUUUUUUAUCGUAUAACUUGUCCACUUUUUAACAAAAAAAUAAAAAUUUUCAAAAUUUAAAAAAUAUGACUUCAAAUUUUAUAAAAACAUAAUUUUAGACCCAAAAGGAACAUCAGAAGAGCCACUAUCAAUUAGAAGAACAUUGGAUUUGAAUUUAAGUACCAAUACCAAUCAGAAUCAUAAUCAUGUUGCUGAAUUCGACGCUCAUACGGAUGUUCAGCUAUGA